GCCCCGCAGCGGCCGGUGUACAGUGCUUUACAGAGGGAUGCGGGGGGCUCCUCAUAGUACAGCACGUCUGGGAGUAUUCCUACCGUGUGUGCAGGUGUGGAGCCUUGGGCUCGUCGAUAAUAUGAAGAAAGAGGAGGGGGCAGUGGAGAUUUGUUUAUUUAUUAAUUUUUAAAGGUCUGAAGGGAAGGUUUUUGGUGGUGCACGCUGUCGCCUGGAAGCUGUAACCAUGACGACGAGCGCCCCCUCCUCCCCGCGCUGCAGAGGAGGAGGGAGAAUCCCAUUACACGGGGCUGGACUCUCAGGGGAUUUGUCUUGUCCCGGACCCUGUGCGUUACCUGUUGAUCUGCUGUGUCUGGAGAAGCUGAUUACAUGGAUCGAGUCUUGGAGGGGAUCUAGUAAGGAAUCACUGGGGUCUACACAAGGGAUUAUUGGGAUGUGAAGAGUGGAUGUGGGCACCAGGGUGAAUCCGGGCAGCAAGAUGGUGUGAAUUGGAUCUGUAGGAGAACAGGUGGUCCGCUGACUUCCAGACAAGACCUCCAGAUGCCCACCUUCUCCUCACAUCGCAUGUUGUGGUGCUGCCUCCUUCCUGCAUUCCCUUCUUCUCUGCCCCAGACAUGGACUACAAUGAGAUCUGUCCAUUCGCUGCUUAUGGACGAACCUUGUAGUGAGGACAUGACAACCGGGAGCUAACCCUACAAUGGAUAAGGUGCAUGUUCAGUCGGAAGACAUCGUUGAUAUAUUGAAGGAGAAGGGGUUUGACCCUGGGACCUCUACAGAGGGGUACUUAUGUUUCCUGUGGGAUCUGUAUCAGAUAGCGGAGAGUAAGUUACAGGUGUCCACCAACAGUCUGGAGGAACUGAAACUACAGCAGGCCCAGGAGAUGAAGGAGGUGGAGAGCUAUGUGGCGCACAUCCGGAGCCUCACCGAGGAGCGGGAGGCUCUCACUACGGAUUUUGAAAAGGAAAACAUACAGCUCAGGAUUGAAUUUGAGAAGCUGCAGAUUCAGCAAGACUCCCAGCUGAAGGAAGUGGAAGAGAUGCUGGACCAAGAAGGCUUGAAUGAGAUUGCCCACAGCAGCCCCAGCGAGCAGAUUGCCUACCUGCUGGUGGAGAGGGCCACGCUACUAGAGAAACUGGAUCUCCUGGAGCAAAAGGUGGAAUCUCGCUCUGAGCACUUGAGCGAUCAACGACAGGAUGAAUUGGAACAAAUUCAUCGGACACUAGAAGAGGAACUUUAUCAGCAGCAAGAAACCAUGAGACGCACCAAGGAAACUCUGAACAAGGAGCCUCUGUCCCCAGUUCAGAAGCCGUGGAGGAAGUUGUUUGGGACUCGUAAAAAUGCAGACAGAGUGUCUGCUGAGAGUUCAACUUUUGAUGAAGAGCUUGAUAAAGAGAGAAAGAUGAGGGCGAGCGUGGAGAGAGAUUUGACUGAAGCCGCCCAAAGGUUGACAAUGGCUCAUGACGAGAUCCGUAAGCUCACGGAUGAUUUACUGAUUAAGAAAAAGGAACUUAAUGAGCUCGAACAAAUUAUGCAAAAGAAACAAGAAGAUAAUGAUGCACUACAACAAGAGCUUACAGACCUCAGAGACAAUGAUUCAUUUGAACUGCAAAAAGCCAAAGAACAUAAUAGCCGAUUAGAUAAAGAGAUUCUUGCCUUACGCCAACGAGUCAGAUCACUGGAUUCUGAAAGGAAAAAGCACAUGGAGCAGUGUGAAAAAAGUAACAGCGACUCGACAAGCUCCACAUCCGCACCUUUAAACCUGCAAGACAAUCCAGAGCUACAUAAAAAGUGUAAACUCGAGGUCGAGGGGAGGGAAUCUCAGAAUAAGCUGCUGCAGCACAAGCUCCAGAAGCUCCACAGCGAGUAUGAUGACAUUGUGGAGCGUAAUGAGGAGCUCGAAUCCAUUUUGGGUGAAACUCAGAAUCAGACUAAAGAACAGGUGGAUUACUUGGAGUGUGAGAUAGCCGGACUCCAGAGGACGAUUAUGAAUUUGGAAGCUGAGCUGACCGAGAUGGCGGAGCAGCGGGAAAUCAAGGAAGAGAUGCUCGCUUCAGCCCAAAAGGAGAGCGCGGACCUAAAAAAGAUGUCCGAUUUACAACAGGAGCUGGAGACUCUGAAAACGAAGCUGAAGGAGGUGAACAAGAACUUGAAGAGCAAAGAACAAGAAAACCACAAUUUACGGGUGAAAAAUGAGCAACUGGAGAGAGAAGCACAUCUGCAAGACAGUAAGGUAUCAGAGCUUCAGGGUCAAUGUAAAAAGUUGCAGAUGGAGAUAGGUGGACAGAAACCCUCAGGAGACGUGAAGCAGACCCACCAGCAGUUACAGGACAAGAUAAAGACUUUGGAAAAAGAGAGAGAAACUAUGAGCUCUGCACAAGAAUACAAGAAGAAGUGUGAAAUUCUUCAGAGACAGUUCCAGGAGGAGAUGGAGGAAGUUAGGAGCCUGCGGGAAGAGAACCUACAGCUCAGGCAGGAGGUGACAGCCGCUAGACAGGACCUGCAGUCCAAAAGGGAGGAUAAUUCACGAUUUAGGCAGGAAGUUUCCAGAUUGCAGGAUCUUCUGUCCAAACCCCCAGAUGUUGGAAAUGGAGCCAAGCCUCUAACAGGGAAUUCAUUGAUCCAGCAGCAAUAUGAGGAAAUUCGUCAACUGCGUCAAGAUCUCCACCGCGUACAAAAUGUGUGCAGCUCGGCUGAGAAGGAACUGAGGUAUGAACGGGACAAGAACCUGGAUAUCAAGAAGCAACAAAUCCUUCUGCAGAAGGAGAACACGAAGCUUACUGCCGAGCUGAAUCAGGUGAAGCAGAAGCUUGCUGCCUUGACUGCAUCUUGUACCGGUCUUGAAGUUGAUCUCGAGCAGCGGCAACAUGUGAUGAAAGAAAUGGAGCUGCAGCUACUUAGGAGGACCCAAACUGCGAAAGCCCUGUGCAGCUGGCAGGAGAAGCUGGAGCAUGAGAAAUGCCGAGCCGUGGAGGCGGAAAAAUUGGUGUUGGAACUAGAGCAACAACUGCGAGCCUCUCGGCACCAGGUAUUGCUGCUAGAGACUCAGAAUGCAGAAAGGCGCCACCUAGAGGAAGAACUGAAAAAAACAAGAGAGAAUGAAGCCAAGCUAAAGGUGCAGUUACAAGAUGAACAACUGAAAAGGAAAAUCUUGGAUCAAAAUUUUGAAGAAUUGAAGCUGGAAAUAAAAGGCCUUCAUGACAAAGAGAUUUCCCUCACCCAGAAUAAUUGUGCUCUGCAACUAAAGCUUCAUCAGUUGCAAUCCCUACGACAACACAUGGAUGAUGAGAAGAUGUCCACAACUGCCGAGCGCACACACUUGGAGAGCUCGAAUCAGAAGCUUUUGGAAGAACUGUCCCAAGUACAAGAGGAGAAGGAGCAGCUACACAAAGAAUAUGAUAAACUAUCCAAAAAGCUGGAUGACUAUAUCAGGAAAUAUAAUGAAAGACAGCUUCGAUAUAAAGCUAAACUCAGCCAAGCAAAGGAGAUUCACUUAAGUGAAGGAAACCAGAAGGAUCUGCGCAUUAAGGAGCUGGAAAUGGAGCUUGCCUUCAGCCGGAGCCAGGCAGAAAAGGAGCAGCAGUGGAUCAGUAGAAUCACAGCUGACAAUGAGAAUCUACAUCAGGAGAAGAGACAUUUACUUCAGAAGAUCACAGAGUAUGAAGCGUCAGACAGGAAUCACAAGUGGAAACUGUUGUCAGUACAGAACAGGGCAGAUAUCUUAGAUGAAGAAAACCGACAACUGCAAGAAAGUCUGCUCCAGCUCUAUAACCAGGUGGCAUCACUGGAACGGGUAUUAAAGAAACUGCAGUCGCUCAAUCUUGCUGAUAUUACCAAGGUAAUGACACCCGAGUGUCUUCUCAGACCAGAUGCAAUCCUAAAUAACAGCUCCUCAGAAAUUAAACCAGCAAGUUCACCUGUGAUGUCAGAAGUGAUUGACGCUACAAAACUUCAGCAAUCCCCAGAAAUCCCUAUGACCCUGUCGCUCUUAGACACUUUGGAAGUUGGAUAUCUCAAUGUUGCUUCCCCUGGAAUUCCCAACUCUUCCCUUGAACCACCUGUGACUCCAGAACCUUGCACCGACAACGUAUGAACGGAGGUGUCGGGGUGGCAACGAUUGGGUUCUGUAUUGGUCCUUUAUGAACAAUUUUUCCCUAUACUUACCAAUGAGUAUAAUUAAUAAAUGCUGAUUCACUCACCAGAGUGAUGGCAGAGUUAGCGGUUUGCACCGUUUGAAAACAACUGUGAUGGAUGUAGGUGCCUUCCCUUUAAGAGUAUUAAUCCUCAUGCUGCUACCUGUACAGUGACUUUGCAGAUGUUUGUAUUUUUAUAUUAGUUCAUUAAAAUCUUUU